CAGUGGCUAGCACAGCUAGCAGAAGUCAACACGGUAAUAGAGUUGAAAUGACAGAGUAACAAAUGCCUGCCGUUUCUGACAUCAGUCUCACGCAGAUGGAGAGACGGCGUCCAUCUGAAGAGGACAUUUGUCCUCUGAAGUCCAAAUGUUUGAGGACAGGUGGAGAGACCACCGUCUUCAGGCUGGAUAGGAAAUCACUGACAGCAUUCACACCUCUCACAGGAAGUUCCAGUGAGGGCAGACAGGAAGAGGAGAGCACACCUGUGUCAGGUAGGGGGCUAAUGGGGGACAAGGGGGUCACCAUGGAGACCAGCGAGUCCAGUGACGAUGAACUGGGUCGACUGGACAUUGACCUGGACAGGAAGUCCAAACAGCACAACCUGACGUCCAGCAACGUGCGCGCCAUCCUGCACGAGGUGAUUACCCAUGAGCAUGUGGUGGCCAUGAUGAAAGCUGCCAUCAGAGACACUCAGGACCUGCCCAUGUUUGAGCCAAAGAUGACCCGGUCCAGACUGAAGCAGGCCUUCCAGCAGGGACAGCCACUUAACUGGAGUCUGUCAGCGGUGAACACAGCCACAGUCAAGCCUCCUCAGUUUGUUGAUAUUGAUCUAGAGGAGGAUGAAGACUCAUCAGAUGAAGAGUAUUGUCCUGAGGAGGAGGAGGAGGAGGAGGAAGACACGGCUGAAGAGACCUUCCUCAGUGAUGCAGACAGCUUGGCUUCGCUGGCAUCGCCCCCCAGAAUGCAUCGGGGCUCUCAGCCCACACUCUCAGCAGACCAGAGAUCUGAUGAACCCCUACAGAGAUCUCCAACACACCUGAGGGAACAGGUGAUGGCCUCCCCCUGCACUACUCAGCAUCUCCUCACUGCUCCUGAGUCUUCCUUCCUGGAGAGACUGAAUGCUGUGGAAGAGGAGCUGGACUGCAGCCCUGCCUACACCUAUAACCAGUGUCUGGACAGAAAAGCCGAUGAUGAUGAUGAUGGUGCUGGUGAAGAAGGUUCCGGCUGUUUGGCGUACCGCACGCGCUCCAAACUUCGUCUUGUUAACGUUCCUCUGGGUCAGUUGGAGGCGGAGCUUCUGGCCCCCGACAUUACAGCUGACAUGUAUGAGCAGACUGCCGCCCAGCAGGAGGAGGACCGUAAUUGGACAAGGUGGCUGCAGGGGCUCAUGGCCCCCGACAACGAAGAGGAAGCCGAUGAUGAUGACGAUCCAGAGUACAACUUCCUGGAUGACCUGGAUGAACCAGACCUGGAGGACUACAGGACAGACCGGGGCGUCCAGAUCACGAAGAAGGAAGUGAAUGAGCUGCUGGACGAGCUCUUUGAUACACUCCAGGAGGAGGAACAGGAGGAGGAGGCACCGUCACAGACUGGACCCAAAUUCAACAUCCCCCAGACUCUGCGUUUUGAGGCGCCGUUAGCUGGCAUGUUAACAGAGCGACGACGGACGGUCAGAAAACAGUACGAAGCUCUGCAGCAGAGGAGAGCCCUGCAGGACACGACCAACCAUCACCGAGAAAACAUAAACCUGAAGGAAACCCCCAGCCCGCUACCCAACACCGUCGCUUCCGUCUUAGUGCUGCCGAGCCAGGUGUGCCCAGCCCUCCGCCUGGACUACGCCCAGAAAAUGCAGCUACAACAGCAGAUACAGCAGCACGUGCAGCUGCUGACUCAAGUUCACCUGCUCUGUCGCCGUGUGGAAGCCUUGAACCAUGAAGUCUGCAUCACUAAACACUACCUGGAAGAGCUGCAGCAGUUCGCCCGCCGUCAGGAGGAGGUUUUUCUCCCCAGCAGCUUCAGAGUGUGUAACCUGCAGGGGGCUCUGGAUCUCCUGCAGGAGAUGGAGAAGAGAACAGAGCCCCCUCCUGCUCCCGCUGCUCCUGCUGCUCCCAGACGCUGGCUUCCCGAGAUGACUCCUGCAACUAACAGCCACGCCUUCCCUCUCUUACCUGCCGACACUGCCUGGCUGUUCGCCACCAGACCAGUCUUUCUUUACCCAGAGCUACUUCCUGUCUGCAGCCUGGACCACACCCGAUACCACCGGAGUGUUUACACCCCAGGAGAGGAUGGUUUGAUCAUUUUGGGUCUGAAGCACUUUGAGGGGACGCUCCAGCCGGAUCAGCUGAUCUGCUCCUACCUCCUUUGCAAGACUCGAUGGAACUUCAGGAAACACAUUCGAGAGAUGAGUGGACCAAGAGCACCACGCGACAAUGUCAUCAAGAGGUUCCUGAUCGAGCGAAUUGUCCCCACGCUGCCACUCGCUUGCAGCAGAGUUCAGUCAGGAGACCAGCGCCCCCCAGUGGACAGAAACACCUCCAAUAUGCCAAACUGGCUCAAGAACAGUCAGCUGAUCAUCCAGAAGACCCGACUAAUCUCCACCUGCUACCCCCCCUCCCUCCCCCCAGGCUGCACCCUUAGGCUCCACCCGUACUGGCUCAACAAGUCUCGCCCCCCACCCCCCCCUCGCAAACGCCUCAUCACCUUAGCCCACAAUGCAUCUCUGCUUCCACUUGCCAAAGCCCCCGCAGACAAACAGGUGGAAAGACAGGUAGACUCGUUAGGAGAGAGACAGAUGGUGAGACAGGCAAAGAGGCUACCAAACAGACGGGUAAAGGGACAGGUAGACAUGCAGCCAAUCAGCUACCUGUCCCUCCCCUCUGCAGGUGUCACCUUACUGUCUGACUCCCCUAGCUGUUUUAGGAAUAUGUACAGUCAUACAGUCCCCACUCCCUCCGUCUGUACUGACAUCAUCCAGUCCUGUCUUCCUAUUGGUCAGAGGACGCCGCACAGCAUUACUAGGCAACAAGACCGUGGCCCUGUCCCCUUUCUCCUCCCCCUCCCCGCCCUGACCAACUCUGAGUCUGCAGAUCCCAUAACGUCUUGCUCAGCUGCCACUGUGAAGCCAGGGUACUUCCUCCUCCAGAUGAUGUGGACACCAGCAGCUCCACCCACAGCUCCCCCCACCGUCACCUCCCAGCAUGCUCUAGGGAAACAGAUCAACAGACUGGAGGAGGUGAAGACGCAGGUGGAGGUGAUGAAGAGGGGAGAGGGGGAGGAGAUGGAGAGAAGGAAACAGGUAGAGGAGGAGAGUUUAGCUUCACCGUCGACACUAAGUCCUCUGUCGUCCUGUGCAGGAGAGAAGGAGGAAGGGGAGAGCUGGACCGUUGUGGGGGUGGUCAGUUUGAAUGGAGGAGAAAACACUGGUGGAGAGGAGGAAGGUGGAGGAGGAGAGGGGGAGCAGGGAGGCGAUGGGGAAGAGGAUGGACAGAGGGAGGACGGGGGAGGAGAGAGGGAGGAGGAUGGAGAGAAGGAUAAGGAUGAAGAUCAAGACCGGCAGGGCGAGGAAGAAGAGGAGGAGGACUUUGAUGACCUCACACAGGAUGAAGAUGAGGAGGAAGUGAUGUCAUCAGCGUCAGAGGAGUCAGUGCUGUCUGUUCCAGAGUUACAGGAAACCAUGAAGCAGCUGACAUGGCUCGCGGCGGAGCGGCGGCUCUGUGCAGAUGGAGAUUCAGAGGAGGAUCACUCUCCGACCUCCCCCUGCUCUCAGGAAGAGGAGGAAGAGGAGGAGGAGGAGGGGCCUAAAGGGGAGGAGUCAGGAGAAGGGAGGAGCAAUAAGGAGGAAAGAGACGAGAUGCCAUCCGGAGAGGGGACCCCCAGAGGAGGAGGGAGAUGUCCUGGACGAGGCAGAGGUCGAAGUAGACCUCUUCGUGGUUUGAGGAGGAGUCGUCAGGAGCGUCACAGUAAAGAUGCUGCAAAACUGUUACUGCUGUAUGAUGAAAACAUCUUGGACAAUGACCCGCACAGAGAGAGCAAAGACGUAGCGUUCGCCCAGAGUUACCUCAACAGGGUGCGUGAGGCGCUGCAGGACAUACCUGGGCAGGUGGAGGCCUUCGUGUCUCUGCUGAAUGAGUUCGAGCAGGCGGGAGAAGGACAGGAAGUGAUCUUGUUGUUCAGGAAACUGCGCUGCAUCCUUGGAGACCGGACGGACCUCCUUCGAGACUUUGCCGCCUUCCUGCACCCUGAGCAGGCAUUGCAGUGUGGACUGUUCGAGGAGCAGCAGGCGUUCGAACGCAGCCGUCGGUUCCUGCGACAGUUAGAGAUCAGUUUUGGAGAUAAUCCGUCACAUUAUCAAAAGAUCAUCAAGGCUCUGCAGACCGGUCCAGAUCUCAGUCCAACCAGCAUCCACGAGCUGAAAGCUCAGAUGGGCAUGCUGCUAAAAGGCCACAACCACCUACAAGCUGAAUUUUGGGUAUUCUUUGAAGAGCUACGGCCACCUCCAGCUCGACCGGGACAGUUUGAAGAAGCUCAAUGGCUGGAGGACGGAGGGGGCGGGUCAGAUGGUGGAGAGGGCAUUGGCCAGGUGCCCAGAGGCAGAGCCACCAGUGGCUUCGAGGAAGUGACGCUGCCAGAGCUCGAAGAGGAAGAGGAUGGGCAUAAAAUCCAACCAAUGACGAGCCGGCGCCAGAGGAGGAAAAUGGACGUUCACAGAAACUACAAGGACUGUGAUUGGUCAGAUAAAGACUGGCCUUGCCUCUGUCAUGACGCAAAGAUUCGCAGACAUAGGAGGAAAGGGUGCUCUCGCUGCCACGGCAACAAGCCCACAGGGGGUAUGUCCAGAGCCAUGAAGAGUCUGGACCCUCUGUACUCUCAGAUAAGCUCCACUCAUGAUGAACCAAGUGACAAAGACUUGGACCUGAAGGGGGACGAAGACAGUCCACAACCAGAUCAAAGUGGUGCAUCAUGGGAAGGCUCGUUCCCUCUGACUGAUGAGAAAGAGGAGGAGGAGUUGGAUGAUGAGGAGGAGGAUGAAGAUGAAGAGGAGAGGAAGAAUAGUGAGAAGGAGCAGAGCCUGGCCGUAAAGAGGAGCAGGAGAGAGGAGGCACUGCGACCCCCCAGCACCUCCACUAUUCCCUCUAUCGCCCCUGUCGCCUCUUAUAUCACCUCCUCUACCUUGCCCUCUACAGCCUCCUCCAACCCCUCCGCCUCCUCCAUGAUCUCCCAUACCUCUGUCGCUACCUCUUCUAUCACUUCCUCCAUCCUCACUUCUACCUCAGUUACCUCCUCUGUCUCCACCUCUCCCCCUGUCUGCACCUCCUCUAUCACAUCUGUCACCUUCUCCUCUACCACUGCCACUGUCUCCUCCAUCAUCUCCUCUUCCUCCAUCUCUCCAUCUGUCUGUACCUCCUCCUCUGCUUCCUCCACCCUCUCCUCCUCUGCUCCCUCUUCUCAUCCACGGCCCAGUCCUCCUCCUGACCUCCCUGUCUGUGCCAAAAACAUUUCUCUGACAGCGAGUGGAGAGAGAGUCAUCCUCUGGACCAGGGAAGCAGAUAGAGUCAUUUUGACAACAUGUCAGCAGGAGGGAGCCAAUCAGAACACGUUUCAGGCUAUCUCUACUUUGCUCGGCAACAAGACUCCCAGUGAGGUAUCUCGUCGGUUUCGGGAUUUGAUGCGUUUGUUUCGGACGGCGGCUCGUCAGACCAGUUCUGAGGACGAGGCUCCCCCCACUGAUCCAGCAGCAGGCAGUGAGGACAGAGACUGAUAUUAACCAAUCAAAACCAAGAAGAGCUGCUGGUUCAGCGGUAGAAAAAAGUUUGAUAUUACCAGGACUUCCACUGUGGAAGCUAAAUGUCACAGAUAUGUUCUGUACCGUAAAUGUAAAAAUGCAAAUAAGAAAAAUUCUGGUUACUUACUGUUUUUGAAAAAAAAGACUUUUUUUUAACAAUAAAACCAUUUUUUUGU